AUGAUGAAGAAUGGAUCUCAAACAACGAUAAGCACCAAACACAUGUGCAUCACUGCUAUGAAAGCUUAUGAGGGCAAGAGUCUUGAGGAACUGCGUAUCGAUGAUUACAUAGCGAAUCGAAAGGCCCCAACAGCAGGUGGUGGUCUGUUUGGAAGCUCCACCCCAGCAACUGGUACAAGUAUAUUUGGCAGUAGUGCCGCAAAGCCAUCUUUGUUUGGAUCAUCAACUACCACAUCAUCGCCAUUUGGAGCUACUCAGGGCACAUCUUUAUUUGGACAGAACAAUAAUGCGACACAGGGGUCAUCAUUGUUUGGUAGCAAACCGACUGGCAGUAUCUUUGGUUCUCCAGCCACUUCGACAGCAUCGACCGGAUUUGGAACGACUGGUGGAAGUCUUUUUGGAAAUACUGGUACUUCGACAUUUGGCACAACUCAACCAACUGGUUCUUUGUUCGGCAGCUCUACAUUUGGUUCCACACCAGCUACAACUAGUGCAUUCAGCUUUGGAAGCACUACAAAUACGGUAUGA